AUGAAUAGAUUAAAUAAUUUUGCAAGAGAAAAACCAGAACAUUCCUCAAUGACAACAGUCAGUAUUCUUGGUCGUCUUCGUAUGUUAGAACAUGUAGAAAUAUUGGGUAAUAUUGGUAAAGAACUUGAUGGAAUUCUUUAUAAUCUUGUUGAUAUUCUAUCUGAUGAUACACGACAAAGUGAAAUAAAUAUAACAUCAAAUGAUGGAGAAAUAAGUAAAUGGUUAGAACAAACAUUUUCAUCUAAACAACAACGUUCAAUAACAGCAACAGGACGUUUUGAAUCUAUAAAAGCGAUUAUUCAAGCAUCAUCAUUUGUUAAUGCAUUACAAAGACAAUUACGUCAACAUACAAAAGAACGUUUAGAUGUUAUAUUUGAUUUACCUGCUGAUAUUAAUAAAUUAAAUCUUUGGUCAUUUAAUAUUAUGGAAUACAGUGAUCCAAUUUUACUUACUCUUCUACUUGUAUUUGAUGCACAUGAUAUUAUAUCACGUUAUCGAAUUGAUAUUGAUGUAUUGAAAAAUUUUGGUCGUGCACUUACUGAAGGCUAUACAAAAUUUCGACCCGCAUAUCAUAAUGAUUAUCAUGGAGCUGAUGUUCUUCAGACAACACAUUGUUUAUUAAUCAAAAGUAGUUUAUUGAAUGUAUUUGCACAAAUUGAAAUUACUGCAUUAUUAUUCGCAGCUGCUAUUCAUGAUUAUGAACAUCCAGGUGUAAAUAAUAAUUAUCUUGUUAAAACGAGAAGUGAUUUAGCAUUGAUUUAUAAUGAUUCUAGUGUAUUAGAAAAUCAUCAUUCAAGUUCCAUAUUUAAACUUUUACGUGAUAAACGUUUUAAUAUUUGGUCAAAUAUGACUAUUGAGGAAUAUCGAACAUUUCGUUCACUUGUUAUAUCUCUUGUACUUGCAACUGAUAUGGCAAAUCAUGCAUCACUUGUUGAACGUAUGUCAACAUAUUUCUUUUUCAAAGAAACAAAUGGUACAACAACUGUGACAGAUUCGAAAACAUUAUUACAAACAUUGUUACAUGCUGCUGAUAUUUCAAAUGCUGCUAAACCAUGGCCAGUUUAUAUUCAAUCAGCUGAAAAAAUAAUGGAAGAAUUUUUUAUGCAAGGUGAUCUAGAAAAAAUACAUUAUGAUGAUAGUAAAUCAACAUUUGAUCGAGAAUCAACGGAUAUUGCACAAUUACAAAUAGGAUUUAUUUCACAUAUUGUUUGUCCAACAUUUGAUGUUUUAUCGAAAGUACUUCAAGUGGAUUCACUUGAAAAUACUGCAAAACUUAUAUCGCCAAAAACGACGAGUACAUUUCCAUGGCAAUAUGAUUUACAAUUAAAUUUAGAAACAUGGCGACAAAUAUCUAAAGAGGGAGAUAUUCAACAAGUUUGGCUUCAAAGAAAGCCUUUAAAACUCAAUUUUCAAUAUUUAGAAACAUAUGUUGAAAAAGCAAAAAAUUAUUUAAAAAAACGAUCACAACAAGAAGUAUUACUUAAUCGUUUGCCUUCCGUAUGA